AGUUUGGAGCGUUAAAUCACAAGCUUUACUGCCAUUGGCCAGGUGGAUGCCCAAUAGAAUUUUAAAGCAACGGUUUCUGUCUGUGGUUGUUGGAGUUCAGUCCGGUUUCAGGCUGGACUUUCGUUAAGUUUAGAUAAUAUUUUACAUUUCUUAGCAAACAAUCGGGACGUGCAACUCCUUAAAUAACUAUUAAACUAAUACACAACGGCCGCCGCCGUCUAGAACUGCGUAAUGGCGCCAACCAGGUUGGCAUCUAAGCCAAUCGGCGUCAAUGAAAAUUUGAACGGUAUCCUGAGUCAUGGCAUCACGACGAGGAGUAAGCAGAUGGCUACUCUGAAAAGCUACAAAGACAGUAUGAAGAUGCCGAACAAGAGGAAGGCCGACAGUCCCCUGAAAGAUGCGACGGCGAAGCGAGCGGCGUUCGGGGACCUCACUAACGCCUUCAACAAGUCCGCUGCCCCAGACAAAGCAGCGCCUCUCAAAAAGGUCACAGUGGAGUCUAAAAUGCUUCCUACACUUAAGAACAUCAAACCACAAGUCACAGUAAAUGGCAAAACAUCAAAGACAAAACAGCUGCAAAGAGUAGCCACCAAUGCCCUAGAGUCUGUACAGAAACACUUCGCUAAGGACCCACCUAAGCCUGUUGCGACUCGGGCCCAGAAUGGCAUCCUCAAGAACAUUGAGAAAAAGGUGUUGAAAGAAAAUCAGAGUCAGAAUCAGAGCAACUCAUCAAACUCUGCUAAAUCAAUGAGGAGUGAUGUUUCUGGAGAGCCUUCCCUGUAUAUGACUGCAUUAGAAAAUAUAAGCCCCUUAGACCCCACAAAAGAAGAAUGCAAGGCGAUCAGCGAGAAACUAGACAAAGUCAAUUUGGAUGACAGCACAGCCAACAAAUCCCUGGACGACGAGACAGACUUCCACCAGGCCCCGGUGGGAGUCGCGGACUUCGACAAGGAGAACUGGAACGAUGUGUUCCAAGUAUCACAAUAUGCUAUGGAUAUUUUCAAUUAUUUAAAAAAUAGAGAGCAACUAUUCCCCGUGGAUGACUACCUAACCCGGAUGAAAGGCAUCACCUCCUGGAUGCGAGCCCUCCUCGUAGACUGGAUGGUGGAAGUCCAGGAGAGUUUCGAGCUGAACCACGAGACGUUGUACUUGGCGGUGAAGCUGGUGGACCUGUACCUGACCAGGUCCUCGGUGAAGCAGGUGGAGAAGGAGCACCUUACUAAGGAGGAGCUGCAGUUGCUCGGGGCUUCCGCGCUGUUCAUAGCUUCCAAGUUUGACGAACGCAUCCCCCCUCUAGUAGACGACUUCCUAUAUAUCUGCGAUGGAGCGUACACACUCAGCCAGUUGCUCAAAAUGGAGAUGACCAUCCUCCGCACAGUGGACUUCGAUCUCGGCGUGCCGCUCUCAUACCGCUUCCUGCGUCGCUAUGCUCGGUGUGCGCGUCUGUCAAUGCCAACGUUGACCCUGGCGCGCUUCGUGCUAGAACAGUGUCUACUAGACUACGCUUUAGUACAACACUCAGACAGCAAGAUGGCGGCGGCGGCUCUUUAUAUUGCGCUACGUAUGAAAUCCCUUGGACAUUGGACGCCCACGCUCGAAUAUUACACAGGCUACACGUUUCAAGAAAUCCUUCCCAUAGUCCUAGAACAGAACGCAUCCCUGCACAAGAAACCCAAAUCUGCCAUCAGCACCGUCCGCAACAAAUACUCCCACCAGAUCUUCUUCGAGGUGGCCAAGGUUCCCCUCCUCGACGAUGAGGCGCUGAGCAGCUGAGGACAACGUGGCACCUUACUCAAUAUACUCAGGUGGGUACGCUUGCUCUGAUACAGUAUUAUGGUAUGGCCGGAUAGUGGUAGAAGAAAGUUGCUGGUUAAGGCGCGUUUAUAUUGACUCGACGGCCUGCUCCGAUCACUGAUGGCCAGUUGAGCCAGU